AUGGAUUCGUGGCUUUUAGAAUUUCAAAUGAACAUGAGCAAAGUGCAUGGAAAAGUUGAUGAAUUUUUGAGUCAAAUCGGAAAACUCAUGAAGCAUUUAGACAUUGGAUGCAUUCUUGUGUACAGUAAUACCGAAAAACAUAUUUCAGCCCUCUUCUCGAAUAACAAGGGACUCAAUGUGUUUCUACAAAGUGCGAAGAAUGGCUUGUUAACACUGGACAUACAUACUACGAGUGUUGAAAAUGCUUAUUUCAAGAAUCUAGUAAAUGAAUUGGAUGAAAAAGUCAGAAAAUUAGAAUUUGCUGAGAUUCCAAAAACACCGCCUUAUGAUAGCCUUCCCGCCAUGAAACGAGGUCGAGAAUUUUCUCAUUACGAUAUUGUCCAUGGUAUUCGUUUAGUUGAACGAGAUUUUGACAAGCUUGUGUUUGACGAAGUUACCUCAAGGCAACAUCUACGUGUUUUACACUCUAUCGAAUUUGGGAACUGCCUUUAUUGUGAUAAUGACAUAACCAUAGGUGAAUACGACUACGAAAGCUAUUCUCAUGCCUUAUCAGGAUUCGGACACGUCGAUUACAACGGGAAACGUGUUCUUAUAUUGGGUGGAGGUGAUGCUUGUAUUGUUCGUAGAAUCAAGGAUAUGGGCAGCACUAUGAUAACGGCAGUAGAAUAUGACCAGCGAGUGGUAGACGUUACAAAACUCUACUUUCGCGAAAUAUGUGGUAAUCUACUCGAUUCCAUGACAGGUCCUAAUUAUGAAAUUGUUAUAGAAGAUGCUGCAGAAUAUCUUGAAAAAGCUGUCAAGACUGGAUUAGAAUUUGAUGUCGUAAUAAAUGACAUCGCUACAAUCCCAUUAUCUUUGGAACCAGUGGGGGAGAGAUGGGAGUUCAAUCUUAAACUUUUAGCUAACUCAAUGAAGGUGUUGAAGCAUGAUGGGGUAUUCGUUAGUCACGGAACUUCGGCAAGUCGUCUCCAAGGACAGAAAGUAUAUGAAGCUCAACUGGAGAAACUUGAGUAUCCCAUUAGGUUCACCAAAGAAAUAGGUUACAUUCCAACUUAUCAAGAAAACUGGGUGGUUUACAUAGUUUGGAAAAAGAGUUCUUAA